AUGAAGUUAUCAAUCACAACAGCAACAGCAAUUCUUGCUACACUUGUUGCCAUUAAUGCAGCCCCAGCUUAUGAAGGCAAAACCACAUCAUCCAAAGGUUUAACCAAAAGAGAUAUUGAUAUUGUUAAUAAUGCUGUUGCUAAUAUCAAUGAAUAUAAAAUUAAGAGAAGUUCUUAUUCAGAAGAAGAGUUAGCUAAAAGAGAAUCAUCAAUUGUUACUGAUGUUUUAACUGCUAUUGCUGAUACUGAUUUAGCACCAGGUAUUCUUGAAUAUAUUAUUAAUGAUCCAAGUUUAUCCAGUACCGCAAGUACUGUUAUUGUGGAUGUUAUUAAGAGUGGUGUUAUUAGUCUUGAUACUUUAUUCACUGCUUUAAAUAAUUCUGGUUUAGCUGUUCAAGUUAUUCAAGAUUUAAUCAGUGACUGUCAAUUUUAUGCUGAAAUUUAUAAUUUGGCCCUUCAAUAUAUUGGUAACUUAGUUAGUGACAUUACUAGUAUUCUUUCCAAGAGAACUAUUUAUGAUCCAACUCCAACCAUUGAAAACGUAAAGAGAGCCACUGCUUCUUCUUCUCCACUUACUGCUGCUGAACUUGCUACUAUAACUUCUUUAAUGGAAUCCUUAAAGGACUCUGGUUUAGCUUCCCAAGUUGUUGAAGCUUUAGUCACUGAUAACAACUUUUACACUUGGGGUGCUAAUUUAAUUGAACAAUUGUUCAGUUCAGGUGCUAUUAGUUUAUCAGAAGUUGUUGAAGCAAUUGCUCAAUCUGGUUUAAUUCCAUCAUUGUUCGAAGCUUUCUUCAAUGUUGCCACGUUGAAAACCGUUGUUGUUAAUGCUUUAGCUGCUGCAUUAGGUAAGUGUGGAACUCCAUCAGGAACUGCUACUACUGUUGCAACUCAAAGUGCCGGUGUUUCUUGUAAGAGAAAGAGAAAGAGAAGAUCUUAUUAA